AUGACGCUCACUGAACUUGGAAAAGAAUGCUACCGGCCCGAGAUUAUUGGCUACGCGGAGCCUUGGAUAGUGUCCCCUGGGGACUCGGUCGCAAUCAAGAUAUCUUGUACAGAAGCGGAAUAUACAUAUCGGACGGUCCGAUUGAUCCAGGGGAUCGACCUCAACCAUGCCCCAGAGAGACGCGAAGAAGAAGUGUCGCAAGUUCCUCGAGGCCGCCAGAAGGGCAGGAUCCAAAUCGCUCAGCCUGUGUCGUAUGGGUAUGUCAGCGACUGGAGGCCGCCAGGCGCAGCAGAAGGACUUCAAAUUUCGUUCUAUAUGCAACCGUGGCUCGUGGAUUGCUCACAUCCACAGACAUUGGUCUCUUCUCUGGACGUGGCGGAGCACACUGGGUUUUCCAUCGUACUGAACAGCCAGGGUUCAAUUGACGUCUGGAUAGGAACCGAACACAAUGUUGAAGUUGCUGCUACUGGAAUCAGACUUCGGAAGAGGACUUGGGCAAAAUUGAAGCUUGUGAUUUGCGGUCGAUUGCUCAAGGUGUCCUUGACUCCCAAAUCAUUCAAAGUAGAACCAGUGCCUACUUCUGCGGUUUAUGAAACGCAGCUACACGGUGAAGCCCUGACCUUUCAACCUGGGCCACUCUUCGUUGCAGCGAGCCCAAAUUACGCAGACGAUCAUCCUCAAGGUUGUUCAAGGCAGCGUGCGACAAACUUUUUCAACGGUCGUAUUGCCGAUUUGGCGUUGAAAACGUGCGAAGAGAACCCCUCUGUUCUUGCCAAAUAUGACUUUGCGCUUCAGAUGUCCAGUGACACCAUUGUCGAUGUCUCGGGGCACGGCCACAACGGUGUCCUAAUCAAUGCGCCCACCCGGGCUGUUAAGAGUCACGACUGGGACGGGUCAGAAUGUGACUGGACAAAGGCGAAGUCUGGGUACGGCGCCAUCCAUUUCCACGACGACGACCUAGACGACGCUGGCUGGGACACUGAUUUCACUAUUACGAUUCCUCCAGGUGCCCGCUCUGGUGCUUACGCGGUUGGGGUGGAAGCCGCCAACGGUCGAGACAAGGACUCGAUCACCUUCUUUGUGCGGCCCACCUCGUGGGCUUCCGAUAUCUCUAACAAGGUCUGUCUUGUUUUCUCUACAUUCACCUAUCUUGCCUAUGCCAACGAACGCCUGUACGACACUUCGCGUCAGAACACUGCCGACCUCGGACCGGGAUUCGAUAUAGACAAGACCCUCAAAAGCAACGAGUUCUAUAAGAUGCAACGCCGCAUGGAUCUGGGUCUGUCCACCUAUGACCGUCACAAUGACGGCUCCGGAGUCGUCUUCUCUUCGUCCAAACGCCCGAUUCUUAAUGUCCGCCCGGGCUAUAUCAUGUGGGCCUUUUCACGCCCGCGCGAGUUCUCCGCUGAUCUGAUGAUGCUCGGGUAUCUGGAACGCGAAGGCAUACCCUACGAAAUCCUGACCGACCAUGACCUACAUCUACGAGGCGCCGACGCCCUCCACGGUUUCAAUACCGUCAUCACAGGCUGCCAUCCUGAAUAUCCCAGUCCCCAGUCUUUUGCCGCUUAUGGCGCCUUCGCCAGAGGAGGCGGUAAUCUCAUGUACUUGGGCGGCAAUGGCUUUUACUGGGUUAGUGCUCUCGACGCUGCUCGUCCCCAUCGUUUAGAGAUGCGACGGGGAGAUGUGGGGGUCCGUCCCUACACUCUUCCGGGCGGAGAACAGGUCAACAGUCUCGACGGACAGCAGAGUGGUCUCUGGCGUUCCCGGGGCAUGAGUUGUAAUACGCUCUUCGGCGUCGGCUUCUGCGCCCAAGGGACUGGUCCUGGAGUGCCUUACAAGCGGACCGAGGAGUCUCGAAGUCCGGAGUUCUCCUGGAUGUUCACGGGCGUAGAUCAUGACUUGAUCGGAGAGCAUGGGUUUGGCGGCGGUGCUUCGGGCGACGAGAUUGAUCGGUAUGAUAUGGAGAACGGGAGUCCUGAGAACGCCGUGGUUUUGGCCACGAGCACCGGUCACAGUGAUGACUUCGGCAUUGCCACCGAAGAUCUCAACUAUCCCGCCCUCAACACCCUCGGGACGCAGACAAAGCUCAUCCGCAGCGAUAUGGUAUACUAUGUUGGUGCUGGGGGUGGUGCAGUAUUCAGUGUGGGGAGUAUCAACUGGUACUGCUCGUUAGGCUGGGAUGGCUACGACAACGAUGUCGCAAGGUUAACUGGUAACAUCAUCAAGGGUUUUCUAUCAGGAAAGCGGUAG